AAUUUGUCCCAUCACACGUUGCGCACAUGGCGUAUGAUGUGACUGCACCACACCCAGCUGAGCCUGAACUACAGAUCGUGGGGACUCGCUUGUGUAAUAGUUGGGGGCAACCAGUGGCACGGAGCUCUUGCUGCUGUUCCACUGCUGUGCCUCCCCUCAUGUCCCAAUAACAGCAGAAGACGGGCGGCGCAUGAGCGAGAGCCUUUGACACGUUUGUGCGAUUGACGAACAAUACGUGUAUUUACAAAACUUGUGCGCUGUGACCAAAGUCAACACUGAGACAUUGUAAUGACAUAUUAGCCUGUUUAAAAUGGGCUCCUUUUUAUAUAUCGCUGGAUCUGCUAACCCCACCGAGGCCACCGUAUAUGAGGUUCUUCAGUGCGAGGGAGUGAAUAAUAAAAGCUAUGUGUGUGAGACGGGACACUGCUGUGGAGAGUCCCAGUGCUGCAGCUACUACUAUGAACUCUGGUGGUUCUGGCUGGUGUGGGCCAUCAUCCUUAUCCUGAGCUGCUGCUGCGUCUGUCAUCAUCGUCGCACCAAACACAGACUGCAACAACAGCAGCGACAGCAUGAGAUCAACCUCAUUGCCUACAGAGAGGUUCACAACAACACCUCACUGCCCUUCUACUACAGAUUCCUACCCAACUAUCUCCUUCCAGAGUAUGAGGAAGUAGUGCAUCGGCCCGCUACGCCCCCUCCUCCAUAUAGUGCCUUAAACGCCGGCCCCCCGACCUGCACCAGCCCUUUAACCACUGACCAGCAAGAUGCACACUGCGCGCCCCGACAGACCUCUCCAGACCCCCCUGCAUCUGAAACACUCUGUUCCAGACCCAGCCCAGAGGAGAUCCACACCUCUAAUGGGUACCACCAGAAGGAAGAGUUUGAGCGGGCCAGAUCCGCACAGAGCGCUCCGCAGCCCCCCAGCAUGGAGAAGCAGAACGAGUGCGGGAAGGAGCCGCUCAGGAAUGUGGCAGUACCUGACGACAAAGAGAGGAUUCUGGGAAGACACCGCAGAUUCACGGGGGACUCUGGGAUUGAGGUGUGUGUUUGUGGACGAGGUUUGGAGAGCCAUGAGCCCAAAGAAUUCGAGGGGCUUUUGAGCGAGGAGGACUCGGAGGAUUUCUGUGAGGAAUGUGGCCUUCGUUCCCACGGAGAGGAAAAUCAGGGACUUCUGUCCCCAGAAAACAGGGUGGAGCGUGGACCAUCGCCAGUGUCCCAAGCUCAACCUCAUCCGGUCUGCUUCUGUUUGCAUACUAUUAAUGAACAAGAGGGUCCACAGCAUAGUAACACAGAAUCAUAAAGCUAAAUGCAUGACAUUAAUGUGAAAAAAAAGGUGAGAGGAGGACAAGUGUAAUCGCACAAUAUAUACAUUUGUUUUAAGUAUGAGAUGGAAACAAUUUGAUGUUCUCUACAUCAUCGUUUUAUGUACAGAGCAUCUAUUUAUGCGGUUAAAAAGCUCAAAGGUGCACAAGGAUGGGCUCUACUUGCUCCACUAGGCGAUACAUUGGGUGCUGUAUUGAAGCGUUCAGGUAUUCCCAGGAGAUCCGCAUUUACAAGUUGAUCCAUCGUAAGUCUGACAUCAGAUGCAUUCGUUCAGAUCACUGUGGUUGGAGAAAGAUGGCGAAGUACCUUUUCUCAUAAAAAGAUGAAUAAAGAAUGCACAUAACGUUUCUUUUUACUUUUUAACAUAUUUCUAUUUAAUGUAUAAAGGUGCUGUAAUUUGAAUCAUAUCGUAAUCGUCUAUCGUAAUUGUACAAUACUUUUGUAUUGUACAACUACAUAAAUAGUUUUAUUGUAAACGAAAAAGAAAACAAGUUUCAACAGAUUUCCAGUCAAUCUAUCCGGAACACAGAAACUCUGUAUGGAAUAUCCGUAGUUUCUUGCUACAUAAUUACGACUUUGUGGUGGCAGUCGUGGGAUUUCAACUUGUAAAUACGAUCUUUCUGAUAUGACUUGUAUGCAUCAUAAGACAUCCUCCAGGUGCGACCACAUUUACUCUAAAAAUGUUGUAGGUGAAUCUCUCUGAAUCUCUUUGCAAUCUCUCUGAAAUGUUACUAACGUGACCAGGCUUAGGACUGAGGUUUUUAAACAUGUAAACAAACACUAGUGUGCUGUACUCUUAGUGUCUCAGGACAGUUAAAGAGCAGUCUUAAAAGACGACUGAACACCAAAAAAGAGCAUGUGCUUUUAAUGUUGACUUUCCCCAAUGUGAUGGGGCAAAUCUUAUUGGUGUGAAUUUAGGUUUUGUUUUGCACAAUCACGUUCUGAUGAAUCAGUCAUAUCCAUGAUUUUUCAUUUCAAAAUACAAAGUAUUCACAUAGUCUUAAUUCACAUUUUGUCUGAUUAUAUUGUCGACUUUUUGGCUGCUGUAUGCUCUGAGGAACUGUUCGUGUUUAUUUGGUAUUCAGAACAAGUUUGAUGCAUAAAUCUGAGUUUUUAUAGCCAAAGUAGAGUACAGAUUAUGAGAUGGGGCAGAUGUUUGAAUUAGGCUUGGAGUUUAUAAGUGCUGCUUUAUUCUACUAAUCAUCAGAUUUUGAUUGCAAGCAAACACAACAUAAUGUAUAUUCCUUUGAACCUGUAGGGAUGAAAGCCUUGGCAAAGGGAGGUGUCUUUAGUACACAAGCAUUUACUGUGUAAAGUCAUUUCUUCUAGGUGCUUAAUCAAUGAUAAGCUAUACCAGGUAAAAAAAAAAAAAAAAAAAAAAAAAACAUUCAACAUAUUCAAGUGAACUCCAAAGACAGAAACAUGUUUUGUUUUCUAAAAUGAUAAUAUACAUAAAUAUAUGUGGAAAGCAUAUUUUGUUGAACUUGAUGUUAGAUGACACACAUAGGUACAGAAUUGAUUAAGCUUUGGUGGGAA